ACAAUGGGCGUGUUUAGACGUUAGGAGACUUUUAUUUUGACGUUCCCUACAUGUGUUACACUCCUACAACGGUGCAUCUUCUCAGUUAGCCUUAGCUUUAUUGUCGCUGACCCACGGAAUAAUUGGAUUAGUUUCUCACAAGGUCCUGAAGCUUCAUACUUACAUUUAAAAGUGUAGUCUUUAACACUGUGCAUGUAUUUAGUUUAAAGACCAUGAAUGAAAUCAAGAUCCGCCGCUAUGAGGUUGAUGAUGACGAGGACGUGAAAGAGAUCUUCGCACUUGGCAUGAGUGAACAUGUACCAUCUUCGUGCCUGCAUGUGCUGAAGCAGCCUCCUACACAGAUGCUACUGGCAUGUGUAUUCUGUGCUCUACUGGCCAGCUCCAAGUCACUUCUGCUGCCCAUCCUGGCAGUCACACUGAUACUGGCUGCAGGGCGCCAGGGAAUCAACUACAUGUUCUCGAGGUACAUCCAGACUUCACUGGACAAUGAUCUUAACCACAUUCGAAAAACAUACAUAGAGCAGGCAAACUCCUGCUUCUGGGUAGCUGAGUGCCAGGGUCGGGUGGUGGGCACAGUAGCAUGCCUCCCUGCAGAGCGCAACGAGGGCUGCCUUGAGCUGAAGCGAAUGUCAGUGAAGCACUCGCACCGCGGACAGGGCAUUGCUAAAAUGUUGUGCCGCACUGUAACCGAGUUUGCCCGUGUAAAGGGUUUUCCAGCGGUGUUUCUGUACACAUCGGUGGUACAGACUGAUGCACAAAGGCUUUAUGAGAAUAUUGGCUACAAGAGGACCAAAGAAUUUGUUGCCCCAGAAUUUAUAGCCAAGGUAGUCAACUUCACGUUAAUCGAAUACAGGCUCGACCUGCAGCAGCCAGGAAACUGAUAGGCUAUUAUUGAUUGUUCUAAUAAAGUGUUGAUCUAUAUGUUUAUUUUAUUGUUAAUGUAAUUAUCAGUAUAAAAGUUCAGUAUUAAUGAACUUUGAAUAAUUCACAUAUUUCAGAAUUUUUGUUAAAACAUAAAAGGUGAUUUUUGUAAGCGGUUAUUUUCAGUUAUAUAUACACGACACAUUUAAGAAAAAGAAAUCAAUACUGUAGUAACUGUAGUAUUAGUUUUCACUCUGGAAUUGCAGUAAAGUGUCCUGAGGACAGAAGUGUCAAGAUUAAACUUAAAGCCUGGUAAUUACAGCAUGUAAAAUACAGCGAUUUGAUCUUGUGUUUGUCAAAAAUAGCAUGUUAAUGAUUUCCUACCAUAAACUGUGUGUGUUUAAUGCAUUUGUUUGUUACCAUUAUACAAACCUUAUUUUCAAAAAUGUUGGGACUGGGCUGCUCAGGUGGCGCAGCGGUAAAAAUACACUAGCACACCAGAGCUGGGAUUUCGAAUACAUCAAAUCUCGGCUCUGCCAUCCAGCUGGGCUGCAUGAACAACGAUUGGCUGUUGUUUAUAGGGUAGGAUGAGCUGGAUAGGGACUCCUCAUAACUGAGCGAAUUACAACCUCUGCUGGCUGGUUGAUGACGUCUGCACAGAGUCGAGGAAUAAUGAUGAUCAGGGUGUGGCUCGCCACGCACAAAACUGAUUGGCAUAUGAACUCGCCUCCUGCAGGUGAAAAGAUGCAGUCGACUACUGCUUACAUACUCGCUGUCCACAAUUGGGGCGGGGGUCAGCUCCAUUGGAAGGGAAGUAUAAUGCAAUUGGGUAAAAAUUGGACACGCUAAAAUCAUGAGGAAAAAGGGAGAAAAUGCAUUAAAAAAUGUUGGGACAGCAUUGUGUAACAGUAGAAAGAAACUGUGGUUUAUUUAUUUUUUUAAAUCUUCAUUUAACUCAAGAGUGAAACGUUUAUGGAAUAUUUAAGUCACAGCACACAGUUCCACAAUACACAGAUAAAUGUGUAACUUGUCCUUUUAAUUUGUAUAAAAGGAUGAUCCACCCAAGGUCAUUAGUCUCUGCAUGCAAUGAUUUUUGGUUUUGGCUCACCACUUUGUGCCAAAUUUUUUUGUAGAGCAUUGCUAAUCAGUUCCAAAAGAACAUUUCUCAAUGCAAAAUGGCAAAUGAUUUGGUCUUUCACCAUCUACUGCUCAUUAUAUUGUGAAAAGGUUCAGGGAAUCUGAAGAGAUCUCUGGAAACCAUUGUUAAAUGUGCGUGACUUUUGAGCUCUCAGACGGCAUUGCAUGCUACUGUGAUAAAUAUGGCCACAUGAGCUCAAGAGUACUUGAGAAAACCAUUGUGACUUAACACAGUCCACUGCAACCGUAUAUCAAUUCUAUGCAGAAGAGUUCUCUGGGCCCCAGCUUAUCUGAAAUGGUUCAAAGGGUGGCACGGUGGCUAAGUGGGUAGCACUGUCGAUCCCCAGGUGGGGCGGUCCGGGUCCUUUCUGUGUGGAGUUUGCAUGUUCUCCCCGUGUCUGCGUGGGUUUCCCCCGGGUGCUCCGGUUUCCUCCCACAGUCCAAAGACGUGCAAGUGAGGUGAAUUGGAGACACUAAAUUGUCAAUGACGGUGUUCGAUAUAACCUUGUGAACUGAUAAACCUUGUGUAAUGAGUAACUACUGUUCCUGUCAUGAAUGUAACCAAAGUGUGUAAAACAUGACGUUAAAAUCCUAAUAAACAAACAAACAAAUGGUUCAAAAAACAGUGGGAAACGUGCUGUGGUCAGACGAGUCUACGGUUCAGCCUGUUUUUGGGAGUUCUCUGUGCUCAAGAAUAAAAAGGGCCAUCCAGUCUAUUAUCAGUGAAAGGUGCAAAAGCCAACAUCUGUCAUGGUGGUGCAAUAGUGCCCAUGGCAUGAGUGACUUGCAUGUGUGUGAAGAUACCAUUCACGCGGAGGUGCAUAUUGGGAUUUUGAUGUGAGCCAUGCUGUCAUCUUUUCCCGAUUUUCCAUGAUUAUUACAGCAAGACGAUGCCAGGCCUCAUUCUGUACAAGCUACAACAGUGUUUGUAGAUAAUCAGUAGUCAUCACAUAUUAAAGAGGUAUACAUGUAUUUGCAUUUACAUUUUCUUCACACGUUGCUACAAUGUGUCUUAAAUCACCUUUUGAUGUGGUUAGAACAAUUAGGUUAAUUUUAAAUACAUCUUAGCUGCCUUUUCACCAACAUUUUUGUAGUACAAUCCUAUGUCGAUACAUGAUAUUUAUGCUAUUCAAUAUGCAAAAAAAGUUAAAAUAUUGUAAAUGUAAAUUGUCUUUUACUACAGUGCAAGGGUAUAAAGUAGUCUGGUGGCUUUACAGGUAUUUUGAUCUCUUUAGACUUCAGGCAGUCUUAUGUAAACCAGUUAGAUUUUUUUAUUAUAUGGUUUUUUUCAAGUGAUUAUUGCAGCUGAGCCUGCACUUGGGUUCAUUUCUCUUUAUGUAAAAGUCAAAUGGAUAAUUUUUUUGGAAUGAAGACUAAUAAAUCGUUUAUUCAUA